UUGCAAGAUUUGUUAGAAUUAACUUGCUACUCAAAAAAUGAUUUUAAAAUCCAAUGAGUCCAAAACAGCUGACUAGGAGAGUUGAGAUUGGUUUAAAAUCUGGUUCGAACCGGCCCAAAGAAUUUUGAAACCGGAAUCAUUCUUUCAUGAGGGGCCUGAUUGUAAUUUCACCAAUUACAAGACCGUGAAACCGUUCCGCGCGACCUCGUCAUCUCAGAGACUGACGCAGAGUGACGGCGCCUGAGAGUGCUCCCUCCCCACACACGCUUGUACACACACAAUAAAAAAAAGGAAAAAAAAAAAGAAAAAAUCAAACCUCAUUUCCGUGGCGGAUCCCUCAAGUCAACAAUACAAACGAAAACUAAACCGUUAACCGUUAAAUCUUUACUGUUUUUUUUUUUUUUUUUAAUUUCUAAAAUCAUUUCCAUUUUUGUAAAUCCAUCAAAAAUUCAAAACUUGAAAUUCCAUGUCAGCUCUGGCUGCUUCGGUUUCUUCUUCUUCUUGGAUCCCCGAAGACGAUCUCUUAUUAAAGAACGCUAUUGAGUCCGGUGCUUCAUUGGAAGCACUAGCAAAAGGUGCGGUUCGAUUUUCACGAAAGUAUACGGUUAGAGAAUUGCAAGACCGAUGGCGUGCUUUACUUUAUGAUCCUGUUAUUUCUGAUCGAGCAUCGACUCGAAUGAUUGAGGUUGAAUUAUCGGCUUCUAGUUUAUCUUCGAAAUCAAAUAAAUUUGAUAAUUCUGUUGAAAAUGGAAGUACCAAACGAAAAUUGGAAAGCGUUAGAAGAUUGUAUUAUUCUAUGAGGAAAAGGACUUGUAACCAACUUUUAACAAAGUCUAGCGAUGUUAGUUUUCUUGGAUCACCGAAUGAUAAUGAUUGCAUCCGUAAUAGAGGCGGCUGUGAGGAGUGUGUACGGCCUCGUGAGGAUUAUGUUCAAAGCCAAUUCGGAUUCUGUGAAUUAGGGAUAGAUAGCAUGCAUAAUGGAUCAAAAGAGGAUGAUCUGAAAGUAGCUUUGAAGAAGGAUUUCUCUAGUGAAAAAGUUGAGAAGCUUGAACAGAAUGAUGUGCUUGAGGGGUCUCCUCGACUUGUUUGUCAGUCUUCAGUUGAAUUUGGGCAUCCAUCUGAAGUUGAGGGAAUCAAGCCUUACUCAAUGGGAUGUUCUUCGCCACAGCCACAUCUGCCAUUGUGGAAAACGAUGAAAGAUGUUCCAGUAACUGUGAUGCCAAUAAAUGGUGAAACUGGUGAUAAAGGCCAGGAUGCAGAAGGUGAAAUUUUGCAUCCCAAAGAUGUGGAUGGUAAGAAAGUAUGUGCAUUUGGAAAUGAUGUUGUUCCUUCGGAUAUGAUGUUAAAAGAUGGCUAUGAAAUUAAUAGUUCAGCUGCCAUCUCUGGCGGUGAUUUAGCAGAAACAGAUGCUCUGUUAAACUUUGAUGGUGACACAAUGGAUAGAUCUUGUUAUGAUAGUGUGAAUUCACUUUUGCUGAAUUCUCCUAAUGAUGUUCAGGAAGAUGAUACGUCGAAGACUAAAGAACCUGAGAUAUUAGUGUCAGAUACCUGUCCUGGUAUAUCAGAAGCUUCCUAUCCUGCAAAGUUGGAUGAAAUUCCUGACCAACAGCAGUCACAUUCUGGGCUUGGUGAACAGCUAGGUACUUGUUGUCCGGAAAUCAAUUUGCCUUCAUCUACAUCCAUAUCAAAUCCUCAUGCUUCUGAACUUCAUGAUGAAGUGAUUUGCUGCAUGGUGAACAGUGAGGACCCUGAAAUCCCAUGCAACGAUGAUGUUCUCUUAGGUAAAGCUUUUGCUUUAUCUAUAACGCAAAAGUGUCAUAAAGAGGGUAGUGAACAGGCUUCAUCCUUUGCAAAUCAAGAGGAUGGUAAAGAAGAAUUGAGCUUGAUGGAGACAGAAGAUAAUCUUACUCAAUCUUUUACUGCUCCCAAGAUGGUAGGACUGGACAUUUUGUCAGAAUCUAGUCAAGGUGUCAAAUCUGAGUUUCAUGAUGGUCAUUGUCAUUUGAUUUCCAGACAGGCUCAAAAUUCCCUGGUCAAUCCAUGUAGGUUUAAAGCAGCACAAGCCUUUUCCAAUUCUGCCAAGGAUGGUGCAGCAAAGGAAGAGCCAUCAGAUGAAUGCAAUACCAAAGAUAUGCCAAUAUAUGCAGGAACGAGUUCCGUUGUAGAUACUGUUUUGGAACCUGAAGCAAACCUGACAACAUCUGAUAAGAUAGAAUAUGAUAGCGAUGAUGAUGUUCCUAGCUUUUCUGAUAUUGAAGCCAUGAUACUUGAAAUGGAUUUAUGUCCAGAUGAGUCUGAUUCUUUAACUAAUAGAGAAGUCUCGUGGUAUCAAGAUGAGCAUGCUAAGAGGACAAUCAUUAGGUUGGAGCAGUGUGCUCGGUCUGCUAUGCAAAGAGCUAUUGCAUCUCAAGGAGCACUCGCUGUCUUCUAUGGUCGUCAUAUGAAACAUUACAUUAAAGAAACCGAGGUCAUACUUGGCAGGGCAACCGUGGAUGUUGAUGUUGAUAUUGACUUAGGAAGAGAAGGCCAUGCUAACAAGAUAUCUAGACGACAGGUGGGAUAUUUUGAUUUCCUUGAACAAUUUCGCAUUUUUCUGUUUGUUUGUCUUAUGGCCAGUAUUCAGAGGAUGUGGGGGAACUCGAACCUUGAAUCUGCAACUUUCCACCCCUCAAGGUAUAGGUAUCUGGCCACCUUGCUACAAGGCUUUGUGGUCAGUUAUUUUGGAUAUUUGCAUUUGUUAGUUGCAAAUAUUUCCCCUCCCUCUUUUGAGAACGUAUCCUACAAAAAUUUGAGCUUUGAGUUACAUUAUGCCAUGAACAUGGUCAAGGUAGGUUAUAUGUUUUGAUGAGGUCAAUCAUUUAAGCAGUCAUGCUGAUCAAAAUACUUGGAGAGAGAGAAAGAGAGAGAGUGUGAUGAGAACAAACAACUCAUUACCAAGUUACUGUUACUACAGAAGUGGAAGGCCACUAGAAUCUUACAAGCACUCUUCCAUCUCUUUUAAGAAUGGAUGGUAUUGGAUGAUCCUUGUGCCCUUCUGUGUUGAAUCAUAUAAUCGGAAUUGGGUUUAUUAGUGGAAAUUUUUUGAAUUAAAUCCAUUGUUAAAAUACAAAGAGCCAUACUUUAAGGCAGUUUCUUAAAAUCAAAAUUAGAAACAUCAUCUGCUUACGUUACUGGCUUUGGACACCUUAGUUAGCUUCUUGAGCUUGUUCUUUUAUUCUGAAUUAUAAUCAUGCAUGCUUUCUAGAUUAUGUUAGGCACUUGUGAAAAGAUGGUACUCUUCAAUAAUUAUUG